UCUCCGGCUACGUGCCCUCAGUUCUGCUGUUGGAAGUGGGGGUGAGAGGAAGAUGAAGAGCCUGCUAGCAUUGCUGUUCUGUAUAGGAGCCUUGGUGGCCUCUACUGGUGCACAGCUGCCUUAUUCACAGCUUCCCGAACAGCACAGAAGAGCCAUCGACCUCGCUGUGGAGUAUUUCAAUUCAAAACUAAACACUAAGAGUAGACAAUCGUUCCGUUUCUUCAGACUCGUCAGUUCUGUACAUGAAACAAAGCUCACAUCCAACCGAUUCCAUCUUAACCUUAACUUCAUUCUGAGAGCAACUGAAUGUUUAUUGGUGGAGGCAAGUAAUGUUAAUGACUGCGAAUUCAGAAAGGACGGGCCGCGAGUGGAUUGUUUUGGAUGUUUCAUCGCUGAGAGGAACAAUGUCGAAAAACAAAAGAUUGACUGUGUUCAGAGAAAUAAAGUCACAGAGGAGAUACAGAGGAAACGAAAUGAAGAAUGUAACCCAGACAAAUAUCGCCCCGGUGAAGGGCUGCUAUUGGCUUCAAGGGGUUGCAAAGGCUGUUAUUGACAAACAGACAAGCACCACUGCCAAAGGAAAUAAAACAAGCUGUUACAGUGUGUUCAGUGCAUGUUUUUUGUCAAAUGUGGUUCUUGGUUGCUAGGAGUUUAAAACCACUGUCUUUAUCACUAUGUACCAAAUAAAUAAAUGAAAGAAAA